AUGAAGAAAAGAUCUCGCGCCUGCGAAGCCUGCCAGGCUCUCAAAGUCAAAUGCGAACCCUCACCAAACGACCCAUCAACAUGCGAGCGCUGCACUCGCUUCAGUAUCACCUGUGUUCCUGCUGCUAGAAAAUGGCAAAGAGAUAGAAUUUCCGAGUUGGAGGAGCAGGUUAGGGCUUUGCAGGAUCGGUUGGAUGGGGUUUCUACGCAGGCUGCUACUUCUACCAGGGCGACUUCUGUGUUUUCGUCGGAGGGUAAUUGGCCUGGAACAACUUUGUCUUCUGAUCUUGGGUUUCUAGAUGCUCAUUUGGAUUAUGAGACGCAGGUGAAGGGUUUGGAAGUUUGUUCGUCGAUGGCUGGACAAUUUUGGUAUCUCAUUCCUUCGGUGGACGGGAGUUCGGCACGAUCUUGGUUGGAUACUAUGAGGACAAAGACACCCAUCAAACUCAUGGCUGUAUUUGCUGUGGCCCCUUCAGAUGCAGGAAUCGAUCCACAAACUCAAGAGGAACUACGGACAAAGACGCUCGAGAUACUGGGCAAGGCGGCAGUCGGUCUCAAAAGCCCAUCAGUUGAUCUCAUCCAAGCUACUCUAAUUAUGAGUCUCUGGAUAAGACCUUCUAUCGACAUGAACCACGGCAAUCCUGUACAACUUGCAUCUCUAGCCCACGAUCUCUGCGUUGAACUCGGCCUAGGAGGUUCAGAAAUGCAGACUUCCGCACCAGCAUGGUUCUUCCGCAUCCAAGGACCUCCCACGUUGGAAAUGCAAAAGACAUGGUUAGUCUCAUGGAUGACUUCAACAAUGGCUGCUCUCGGUCUCAGGAGAGCACAUUCCUUCGAAUGGGGAACUUCACACUACGAAGCACUACACGCUUUGGAGGCCGAUGGCUCAGACCCUCUGUUCUUGGAGAUGCUUUACACAGUAAGGCUUCACGCUCAAGUCGCUUCCGGGUUGGAACUCUGCGAUAUCCACGCCUUCCAUGAUACAGACUCUGAUAUCGCGGCGGCUACAAGGGCACAAGCAUACAACGACCUCAACGCCCUGAGCAGCAGACCGCUCGCACACGAUGCUCAGCUUCGAUUCUGGAGAAUGCUAGCUGCCAUCCACGUCAAUGAGUCAGUUCUGCACACAGCCACCAACAAAAUCCUCUUCGGAUCACCCUAUCUCGCCGAACGCAUCGGCGUACACGACUUUGCCUGCCCCUCACAAAUAACACCCACAACCGCAACGGCUCUGCGCUCCCUGGUCGAAGCAUGCCAUCUCGCCAUUGACAUCGUCCUCGAAAUGGAACCCAGCUUGAUCCUAAGCCUACCAUCGCUCUGCUUCGGACCGUCGGUGAGCUACACGCUAUCCAUCCUUAUCAAGACAUUCGUGGCAGUGUCUGCACCAGGGAAUACCUACAGCCAAGUCUUGACCCGCUCGGACCUACAUGUCAGGGAAGCCAUGAACAAGCUCAUAACCGUGAAAGAGAAUCUUCUCAAGCUUGAUCCGCAUAUGGGUAACUGGAAUACCAGGAUCAUAGGCUCUGUAGAGUGGUUAUCUGUAUGGCUGAAUGACUACGAGAGCAUCAUCGAGCGAUACGAGACGAAUCUGGAAAGAGGAACAGCCGAGCAAGAAAUCGACGUGCUCAGCCCCAAUGGACAUUUCUAG